AUGGGUCUUUUGAGAAGAUUGUCUUAAAUAUUCAAAUCAGAAGCUCCUUAGACUAAUAAUGAUCAUUUGCAUGAGAAUUAACAGUACUCAAAGAAGAUUGUACUGGAAAAUGGGGAGAGUGUAAAUGUCAGAGGAAAUGAAAAUCAAUUUAAUUUAGUAAAAACUAGUAGAUACACAUUAACAAAUUGUUUAUACGUCUUGAUAAUUAAAUUUUUUAAGCGAUUUCUAAAUUUGUACUUAUUUGUCAUCAACAUGAUAUAAUUAGACUAUAAUUAUCUAAUUUCACUUCUGUUAACAUUUACUAUGCAUAUGAUCAUUGAAUUGUACUUUGACUCUUAAAAACGAGAGCGUGAUGAAAAAACAAACUCUCGCUAAGCCACUGUGUUUGCUGACUUAAAAAAAAGUGUAUUAAAUGUGGCUUCUUCAAAAUUAAUUAAAUAAGGAGGAAGGAAAUCCAUUAAUCAAAAUAUAGUUGAACAUGAAAACUUGGUUAAUAACAAUAAUUACCAGAAGGACAUUUGUAUGAGAAAGGUUAGUAUAGAUACAGUCCCUGGAAGAUAGGACAAAUAAACUAGAAUUCCUCUAUUUACAAUGAAGAGAUGGGAUUAACUUCAGGUUGGAGAUAUCAUUUAUUUAAAAAAUAAUGAAAUAUGUCCAGCUGACGUAUUAAUUCUGGAUAUGGGUUAAUCUGCUAGCAUGGCUAGUAAUACUGUAAUGAGUGGCAAUACCAAUGAAGUUAGAAAAAGAGCAUGCCCUUUAACCACUAUAUCCAAAGAACAUAAUGUUUAGUUACUUGAUUAUCGCACUAUUUUGAAUGGUGUUAUAAGAUACGAUCAAACUGACUCUGAUUAAUAUUAUAAAGGUAUGGUAAAAUUGAAGAAGGAUCCCAAGCCAUUGGAAAUAAACAAAGAAAACAUCUUCUUCAGAGAGCAAUUACUCCUAAAUGACUUGUACUUGUUUGGAGUCAUUCUCUCUGUUGGUCUUGAUUGCAGAUGCUAUAAGUCAUUUAAACAUGUUGAAAAAUAUGGCUACUUUGAAUAAAAAGCGAAUUUAUACUUCUUUAUAGCCAUACUCUCUUUAGUGUUGCUAAGUGUAAUUUAAUACACUAUUGAAUAUUAUGGUGAACUUAAUUACCUUAUUGAAUUUCCAUUGAUCAAAUAUUCAAACUUAUUGCCUUUGUAUUUCUAUUUUCUGAUUGACCUACUCUACUUUACAUAAAUGUUGUACAGCAAUUACUAAUUCCAAAAGGAGAAGGGAAUCUCUAAACAUUCACGCCAAGAUUACAACCCCUUAUAAGAUAAUUAUCACAAGAAUUUAAAGCAUUUGCAAAUAAAUUAUUCCCCAAUUUCCAAUUUAUCAUUGAUCAACCAUGUUUUGAUAGAUAAAACUGGAACUCUGACAACUCCUUCUUUCAAGAUCAAAUGGAUUUUCAUCUUUGAUUCCCUCUAUAAAUUAAGAUAUAGAUCAUUUGCAGAAAAGGAAUUUCAAAAUGCCAUUUAAUAGACUAAAAUGAGACAGGAAUUAAAUUAACCAAUAGAUGAGAGAGCAGAACCUGAAUCCUCUCCAGUGAUCAAGUGUAAUAAUGAGGAGGUGAAUUUCAAAUUGGAAGACUUAGAUGAUGAUCAUCCACCAUAUGAUGAAUUACAUCGGACUUAGCCUCCAAGAUUCAGACCAGAAUCUCAAAUAAGCAGUCAAUUUGAUUAAAGUGCAGAGGGAGCAUAAAUCUAAAAGCAGUCUCAGCCAAGAGGUAGCAGUUUAAUUGUUAACAGCCAACAUGAAAGCAAAAGAUAGUUGACUUUACAAAGAGGGAGCUAGAAGUUUCAUGCUCCUAGAAUCCCAUCAAAUUUAGAAAUAGUUUCAGAAGUCGAGUUUUCUGGUAAUGAAAUCACUUUGAUAAGGAGAAUUCAGGACAAUGAAUUUAAGCCUCAUUAUUUUGAAGCAAUGUUUGCUUUAGUGUUAUGUCAGAAUACAAGAUCAUUAUAUUAGAAAAGUGAUGACUCGUUCUUUUAUGAAUAUAGUUCAGAGUUAGAUAAACAAUAAUUGCAUUUGUGCAAGCACUACGGUUUUAGAUUCAUUUGUAGAAGCAAAUACGAAAAUCAAAUCAGAUAUGUAAUUUAAGAUGGAGAAGAAAUUCAUCUAAUUGAUGUUAUGUCAUUACACUCAUUUAAUUCUAGGAAAUUCAGUAUCAUUAUCAGAUUGCAAGAGGAAUUAUGCAACAAGUUGGGUCUAGAAAAUGAUGAUUCUCAAUAUUUAUAAUAUUUAAGAGAUGACAGUUUAGAUAUGAUAGGUUGUUUAUCUUUGGAAAAGGAUUAAGUGGCCAAACUAGAUCUAAUGAUUAAGGAUAUACAAGUCUAAGGUAGCAGACCAGUGUUAUUUUAUAGAAGUUUAAUGACUGAAGUUUAGAUGUAAACUUUUAUUAAGGAAGCCAAUAAAUUACUGGAUAUUCAAUCAAACAAAAUUGAAUUCAUGCAUGAGUAUUAGUUUUUAAUGCAUGAAUUUGAAAGGAAUUGCGAUCUGGUAAGUGUGAUAGGAGUUCAAGAAAAGAUCAAUAAACAUGUGACUCCAACAUUAAAUGGGAUUAAAUAAUUAGGCAUCCCAUGUUGGUUGGUUAGUGGAGACAACUAUGAGAAGGUAUUGCCAAUAGCAUUUAGAGUCUAAUUGCUUAACUCAAAUGACACUGUUGUUCACAUCUAAGCGAAAACGCAAGAUGAAUUAUUCCUAUAAUUAAAGCAAUAGUUACAAAAUUUAAGUGGUUAAUUAAGAUCCCAUUCAAAUAAGAAGGAAUUAAGGCAUUCAGAUACUUUGAUUCACAAAAAAGGAUCAUUUACUUGUAGCCCUAGAUGGAUUUCAGGUGGAUAAAAAAAUCUACAUAUUCGAUAAUUUUAGAUUAUUAUAAAUGGGGAAUCUUUGGAAUAGAUCUUAAGAGAUGCUUAUUUGAAGAAACAUUUUUAAUUUCUAUUACAAUUUACAUCAAAUUUCAUUGGGUAUCGGAUGACACCAUAAUAAAAGUCAAUUUUGAUUAAAUUGUUAAGAGAUAGGAAGUUGAAUUAUAAAUUCAUAUUGUCAAUAGGAGAUAGUUUUAGUGAUAUCAAUUUAUUCAAUCAUUCAGAUUUUACAAUUUAGAUGCAAUCCCAAAGAUAGAUAUUUCCACAUGAUAAGAACAACUUCGAAGAACUCUAACAUGGAAGAGUAUCAAUAAAACAAUUGGAUUAGGAAUCACAAUUCUGUACCCACAAAUAAGAUCAUGGCUUUAUUGAACCCUUAUAUAACAAUGACGUCUAUAUAAAGGAGUUUGAAUUGAUCCACAGAAUGAUAGCGUUGGAUUCCAGAAGAUCUGCGUUGUAUUUUGAGAGAAUUCUUAUAUUUGCUUUAUUUAGAAGUUUUGCUAUAAUCUACUUGGUGUGUGUGACAUAACUGAUUCGAAAAUAACUUAAUGUGAUAUCCACAGAUUAUCUUAAAUUUCAUUCUAAUAUAUUUUUUCUACUCUCAAGUUCCUUUAUCAUAAGUGAGAUAAGUGAGAAGGUUGAACCUUGCAAUCAUAGUGAGUUCUUGUAUUUUGUAUUUAAAAAUAAUUAAUUAGAAUUAAACAACAAUAAAUUCGGUAAAUACAUAACACGAAUUACAUUAUUUCCAUUAAUCCAAGCAUUGCUGAUCAAUCUAUACACUGAAUAUACGGAUCUAUCAAUUCACGAUGGAUUUAUCAUGACCUCUACUGAGUUAGGAUCAGGCUUAUUUCUAUUAUUACUCAUUGUAGACACUAUAAAAUUGGUUUAGAGAAAAUAUAUCACUCAGAAAUAGUCUGUAUUCAACAUUGGCCUAACCUUUGGACUAUAUACUUUGAUUUCUCUUUAAUUCGAUUCAAUUUCCAUCAUCUAUAAAUGGGCAGCAUCAAUUUAAACCCUAUUUUCAUUCAUAUUCAUUGUAGCCAUCCACAUCAUUGUUAAUUUGGCACUCAAUUAUGUGAAUAGACCAUUCUUUAUGCCCCUCGUCAUACAGACAAGCAACGAGUAUGAUGAAAUCGUUAAAAUAUACAAUAAAAUCUCAGGGGAUGUAGCCAGAUAAAUUAAGUUACAUAGAGCUACUAUAGAGAAAAUAUCGUAUUAUGCGAGGAAACUCUUUCAUGGGGACGAAGACAUGGACCCAAUCAUAAAGCAGAUGUUGAGUGGAGCAUUUGCAGAUGAAACAGAAAACUCAAUCAACUCAGUCACUCUGAGAUUCAAAUCAUAGUUAUUAUAAAAUAAGUUUACAGAGGAUAAUCUCAUUUAUAUAGUUAGAACCUAUAGAAUUAUAGUUGCAAUUACAUUUUUAUUCUAUGAGAUAGCUAUUUAUACGAUUAUAAUAUUAACAAUGGAUAAUUUCAACUUCACUUAUUGGACUGAUUACUUUUAUGUUUCAAUGUUCGGAGUGCUACUGUUGCUCGUAUUAUUUUGUUGGUCUCGCUACUACAAAGUGUAUUUCUUUGAAGUCAACUUCAUCAUAUUGUUUAUUAGAUGUUCCUCGAUUAUCAUUUGGCUCUUCAAUCAAGAUUAAUCUGUAGGAGAGAUGAACCUGAACAUGUUACAAUUAAGUUUAUCAGUCAAUAUAUAUCAUUAUCAAGAAUAGCCACUCAUCAGUUAAGUGUUCUCUGCCAUUUAUGUGAUCAUAUAUCUAAUCAAGAAAUCUGAUGAGGAUGAUGUCUAUAUUCUGAUCAACCAAUACGUCAUGAGCAUUGCAUCAUUGUUCCUCUUGGUUGUAACAUUCAGAAGAAUCAUUCACAUAUUUUUGGAAGUCUUUCUAGGCAGGAUUAAUAUGAACAAGGAGAAUUAAAUAAUGAGUGACAUUCUCUCUAUUCUACUCCCUCAAUUUAUCAGGGAUCGUAUCAAUAAAGCUGGUCAAUAUGAUAUUCAGGAAGAUUAAGGUAUGGUGGCUGUUUUGUUUUGUGACAUCAUCGAUUUUGAUCAACUAAUAAAGAAUGAACAAUCCAAUGUGGUUGAUAUAUUAGACAAGUUAUUUAGAAGAUUUGAUUUACUUUGCUAACAACAUGAAGUCUAAAAAAUUGAGACUGUGGGCAAAACCUACAUGGCUGCAGCAGGACUCAAAAUUCAUAUGAGUUAGAAAUCUAAUCCAGUUAAUAAAGUGAUCUCUUUGGCAUUAGAUAUGAAACGACAUGUUAUGUCAAAUGAAGUAUUUUAAAUUAAGAUUGGUAUUCAUUAUGGGAAUGUCAUUGCUGGAGUCAUUGGUCAUCAUAAACCAUAAUUCAGUCUGAUAGGUGACACCAUCAAUACAGCAAGUAGAAUUUGUUCAACAGCUGAGCCUUGGGAUAUAGCCAUUUCUGAAUAAGCAUAUAGAUAGACUAACAAAUUUGAAUUGGUUUAUGUUUAGAGAGAUGUUGUGGCAAAGGGAAAGGGAAAAUUGAUUACCUAUGUAGUUAACACCAAGAGAGGAGGCAAGUAAAGAAAGCAAACAAUCAUGAUUCAAAGACCUCCCAAACAUCCCUUUAGAGAUCCAAAGGAAUAUUAUAAUCUUGAUCAACACAAUUCAAAUUUAAUAUCAGAUAAUGGAGCUGUUACUAAUAAGGAAGCACAACCCCUUAUAGCCAUGAUCGAGGAUCCAUAGCCAUUGAUUCUUAACAAAAAGCAAAAAAGUGAGAUUUACAAUUAUGUAACCAAAACAUCAAAGCAAAUAAGUAUUGAGAGUCCAAAUAAGUCAAAUCAAUAAUAAAUAGUGUUUUAAUAAUCUAUAGUUUAAUUUGCCUUAAAUUAAGGUGGAGGAUCCUCUAAAAAUUAUGCUUCCUAAUCCAUAGUUGGAGGCGUUUAAUCUUAAGGGUAUGAUGAUCGACACCAAAAACAUCAAGACCUAAUAUAAUUGUUAGAGAAGAAGACUAAGUGUGAGUUAAAUGUCUCUGAUUAUCAAUUAAAUAUGGAGUACCAUGUUGAGAAGGAUAAAAUAAGGGCUCUAUACAGUGUUGAUGAAGAUGCUCAAGGCUAAACCUUAUUAUUGACUCUAAAUCCAAAGAAAUUGUAUCUAGAUUUUAAUGAAGAUAUCACUGUAACACUGGAGUUUUAUGAGUUUCUAUCUUCAUUAUAUAGACCAUUUGCUAUUCAAUAUCUAUUGACAAUAGGGUCAUGUGUUUUAAUAAGUUCAGUGUCUUGUGUGAGCUUGAAUCGAUAGAUAUUCUUGGCCAAUCUAAUAACUGGAGUAUUUGUGGGUCUAGUACACUUAUUAUUGUGCACUCUAAUACAUAAGUACGAGUCCUUUUAUAAUGUGAUAUACUUCCAAAUUUUGGCAUAUAUGUUGCUGGGAAGUUACGCUCUGGAUUGUUUUUUAAUUACUGAUCAUUAUGAAAUUUAGAUAGCCAAAGGGAUCAUAUAUUGUUUAAGUGUUCUUCUUAAUAGAAUUCUUCGACAUCAACAUAAGUUAGUAUAUCUGGUUCUCUUCUUGGGAGUGACAAUUGCAGCCAUCGUGGUGAAUGAUUGGCCAUGGAGUAGAUUCUACUAUUGUGUCAUAAUAUCGAUAUUCGCCUUUUGUAUUCAAUUAUUCAUGUUUUUGAAGAAUGUCAACUCAUAUAAUGUCAACAAAUAAUUAAUCGAAAAGUCAAUCAAAUACUAAUUUUUAUUGAAUUAUUUAUUGCCUAAAAAUGUCCUUGAAGAGUUUUUCAGGCCAAAUGAGGAGAAACGAGUAUUAAGAGAAUAGGCAGACGAAGUAACCUUGCUAUUCGCUGAUAUUGCUGGUUUUACAGAGUAUUCAAGCAGUGUACAACCUGAAUAAGUAGUGAAUAUGUUGAGAAACCUAUUUACUGAAUUCGAUAAAAAUUGUCUUUUGCACAACGUCUUCAAACUCUACACAAUUGGAGACUGCUAUGUUGUGAUGGGCAUGGUGGAUUAUGGCAAAGGAAUCUAAAGAAAUCCAUCCCAAGAAGCAGUCAACGUUGUCAGAAUGGGUUUCGCGAUGAUCGAUGCAAUCAGAAGAGUCCGAGCCCACAUCAACCAUCCUACCUUAGACAUGAGAAUCGGAGUCCAUACUGGAUCCAUCAUUGGGGGUGUUCUAGGGACUGAGUUAGUGAGGUAUGAUAUCUAUGGACCUGAUGUUUUGAUUGCCAACAAGAUGGAAUCCAAGGGAGCCAAAGGGUUUGUCUAGGUGUCACAAGAGACAAAGGAUAUCAUUGAAAAGGAGUUCCCUGAUCUUUUCAGAUUCGAGUAUAAGCAAUCUAUUGAAUUUGAAUCUAUCGAGAGAAGCACGUCGGGUUACUUUGUUUAUUAAUGA